AUGGCUCGAUUUUCCGAUUUACCAUCCGAGAUCGUCGAAAGUAUAGUAUGCCUGCUGGACCUAAGAGAUAUUUGCAGUCUCCGCCUUGCCAGUCGUGCUACCGAAGCCGCAUCCUCACAAGCAUACUUCCAGAGAUUCUUCCCCAGCAAGGAGGUCGAGCUGGAAACCGAGGCAGUCGCAAGGUUCGCCGCCAUCACAGAGUAUAGUCGGUUUGCCGUACUUCUGCAAUACCUCAGGAUCAAUGGCGUACCACCUACUUCGGGUACCAGCGAGCUUGAUUUGGAGCAUGUCGAUGUGCUAAGUACGGCGUUCCGCAACCUUCUCAAGCACUCUAGAGAUUAUUCUCUCCUACGCCUGACCGUCGGCAUCGAUGACAAGGCGUCUAAGUUGCCUUUGAAUCCACGCUUCAUUGCUGGAGCUUCUGCAGUCACGACUGCACUAGAUGCAGUUAGCAACAGCGGCCUUCCCGUAAAGAAACUCAACCUUCUCUACGAUACAACAGAAUGCAGUGUACCAUGUACCGUCUUUGCGAGCCUCUUCGAAUCAGCCCAGCAGUUCCGUUUUUUGCGUUUACGUAGCUUGUCGAUGAGCCUCACCCAGCGAUUCCCAGAACCUGAUUUUGACGAAGAAGCUGAGGACGAACUCGUAGACAGCAUAACAGACAAUGCAAAAGCCGAUUUGCAGGGAGUUGAGGCCGUGGUCAACUUUCUCGCUCUCGCCUCCUCACAGGUCGAAGAACUCAAUCUACAAUGGUACAACACCUCAAGCUAUCCACCAAGCGACACGGACGUCUUGUCGCGAGGCUGGUUUGAUCAACUCUCUGAAAAGGUCUCCUUCAGAAACCUUCGAAGUCUGGCUCUACGCGGGCUUCACGUCAGUCAACCGCCCCUGCUCAAAGUCUUGAUGUCGCCAUCUCUACAAAUCGUACAUCUUGAAUUCAUUCGCUUAAGUGGCUCCCUGCGUCCACUAAUCGAUUGCCUGAUCUCUCCCAAUCGAGCACUCGAUCAGUUUUAUCUCGACGACAUAUACGAAGGGAGAUUGGUACACUUUUUCAUCCAAGGCAAACCCAAAUUCCCAUACUCAGGACGUGUGCCUGGCCCUAGCACGGUGCUGAGAAAAGGUACAGAAGUUACCCUGCCACUGGAGUAUGGGUAUGCUGGAGGCCGACCACUCGGCUCGCCCGAGUUGAUGCGCUUGCAAAGACGUCGACGACAAGACUUUGGGUAG